UGCCUGGAGCGGAGGGGCUGCUGCUGCUGAUCGGCAAGCAGACAAAAAUGAUGGGGCCGGAGUGCAACACCAACUGAGACAGCCUGCACAACACUUUGUAUUCCCUAUACAGACUCGGAAGCCUUGCCUGGAAAACAUCCCUACUAAGAAGGAAAAAUAUCUAUUGUUUGAUUUUGAAAAGAUCAGUUGGGGGAGUUGUUUGAAUAAAGACAAAUCAUGUACCAAGUAGUACCAGGAGGAGCGGGUGGCACAAUUACAGAUGUUAUCCCAAAGCAAAAACACACCAAGGACACUCGACCCCUAGUUGGAGCUGGAGUAAUAGGGUUGGUGCUGGUGAUUGCGGCCGUGACUGCAUGGUGCUAUUACAUUGCAUCUCUACGCAAAGCUGAGCUGCUUAAGACUCAGCUUCUGGAUCUGAACAAAGAUGGCUACAUCAUUCGCAACCAAGGGGGGUCAAUUGUCUUCAGAAUGGACUUCAGGUCUGGGACCCUGGAUUUAGAUUCUUGCUCUAAAGAGGGGGAGAUGCUGAGCUGUGGCCGUACCACCGACAGAAAACUGAACUUCUUCAUUGAGACGGUGCGGCCCAAAGAUACGGUACAGUGCUAUCGUGUACGUUGGGAAGAACUGGUUCCUGACAUUCCUGUUGAGCAUGCCAUGACCUACAAAUUCUCACACUGGUAUGGUGGUGCAGUGUCAGCAAUUCAGCAUUGGCCUAUAUCCAUCUCUGGCCAACAGGCUCCCAAACCUUUUGUUACUAGUGACAUUUACUCAAACCGCAAUGAGUUUGGUGGAAUUUUGGAGAGUUAUUGGCUUUCAUCCAAUGCUACAGCCAUCAAGAUCAAUAAUUCUGUGCCCUUUCACUUGGGCUGGAAUGACACAGAAAAGACAAUGUACUUUCAGGCACGAUACCAUGACAGUCCCUUCAAACCAAACCCAGGGGAGCCACCAUGUGCUGAACUUAGUUACAGGGUAUGUGUGGGCCUAGAUGUUACAUCCAUUCACAAGUACAUGGUCCGCAGAUAUUUUAAUAAACCAAACAAAGUGCCUGCCAAAGCCAUGUUUCGCCAUCCCAUUUGGUCUACUUGGGCACUGCACAAGACUGAUAUUGACCAAGAGAAACUCUUGACGUAUGCUGCCAACAUCCGAAAGUAUGGUUUCAACUGUAGUCACUUGGAAUUAGAUGACCGAUACACCAGCCGCUAUGGGGAAUUCCAGUUUGAUCCAACAAAGUUCCCCAAUGCUUCAGCCAUGUUCCAGAAACUGAAAGCAGAUGGAUUUCUAGUGUCGCUCUGGACUCAUCCAUUUAUUAACUAUGACUCAGACAACUUCCAUACUUGUGUCGAGAGAGGGCUGUUUGUUAGGGAGCCUACAGGCCGACUGCCGGCCUUGGUGCGUUGGUGGAAUGGCAUUGGUGGCAUUCUGGAUUUCACAAAUCCAGAAGCCCGUGAUUGGUUUGCCUCCCACCUGCGUUCAUUACGUUCCAAGUAUGGGGUGUCAUCCUUCAAAUUUGAUGCUGGUGAGACCAAUUACCUGCCAUGGAAGUUUAGCACAAGGACUCCCAUCCGGGAUCCAAGCACUUUCACAAGACGUUACACAGAGAUGGCAAUUCCCUACAAUGAUCGUGCAGAACUUCGCAGCGGCUACCAGUCGCAGAACAUAUCUUGCUUCUUCAGGCCGAUUGACAGGGACUCUGUGUGGGGUUAUGAGAUGGGACUCAAAUCCCUCAUUCCCACAGUGCUCACCAUCAGCAUUCUUGGCUAUCAGUUCAUUCUACCAGACAUGAUUGGAGGGAAUGCCUAUCAGAACCGUACAGAUGGAAAUCGUGCAUUGCCUGAUCGAGAGCUCUACAUCCGCUGGCUGGAGUUGUCUGCCUUCAUGCCCUCCAUGCAGUUUUCGAUUCCCCCGUGGGAAUAUGACAAUGAGGUGGUUGAGAUUGCGCGGAAAUACACAGCCAUCCAUGAGAGCAUUGUGGCACCACGGGUGCUGGAGCUGGCUGGUGAAGUGCUGGACACAGGAGACCCCAUUAUACGGCCCCUGUGGUGGAUUGCCACAGGUGAUGAGACGGCCUAUAAAAUAGACUCCCAGUUUCUGAUUGGGGAUGACCUCAUGGUAGCACCAGUUUUAGAGCCUGGAAAACAAGAGCGUGAUAUCUACCUUCCGGCUGGCCGCUGGCGAAGCUACAAGGGGGAGAGAUUUGAUAUUAAGGAGCCAUUGCACCUCACAGAUUAUCCUGUGGACCUUGAUGAAAUUGCUUACUUUGUUUGGGUUUAACAAGAAUAUAGAUUA